AUGUCAGCCGACCCCGAUGAGAUUGCAGACGUUGUUCUGCGGCAGUUUAAGAAACUGCCUGCAAAACGCCGGCCUCAGGUUAGAGACAAUGGAUUGCAUGAAUGGGUUCCCCUGAGCGGCAUCGUCGCUGAGAAAGAUGGUGUUCUGACAUGUUUCUCACUCGCAACGGGCAUGAAAUGCCUCCCAGCCAGCAAACUCCCCCUAGCAAAAGGAAACGCCCUCCACGACUGGCACGCCGAAGUCCUCGCCAUCCGCGCCUUCAACCGCCAUCUCCUGGACGAAUGUGACACCCACUUGCAGGAAAAUGAAACCAGAAUCCCUUCCUCAGACAUCAUCACCAGACGCCCUCCCUCUGCCAUCUCCCCCGCCUCACCCCAACCCUUUGCAAUCAGAGACGACGUCACCCUGCACAUGUAUUGCUCCGAAGCCCCCUGCGGCGACGCAAGCAUGGAACUCACAAUGGCGGCGCAAGAAGACGCUUCACCCUGGGAAGUGCCCCCAUCCACAUCCUCAUCUACAACCUCCCCGGACUCGACCCCCCUCCCAGGAAGAGCCUACUUCUCCCACCUAGGCAUCGUCCGCCGCAAACCAGCUCGCGGCGACGCGCCCCCGACAACCUCCAAAUCCUGCUCCGACAAGCUCGCGCUCAAACAGUGCACCUCCCUCCUCGCCUCGCUAACCUCCCUCCUAAUCCACCCAGCCAACGCGUAUAUUUCCUCCCUUAUCCUGCCAGAGUCAGAAUACUCCGCCACAGGCUGCGAGCGCGCAUUCUCAGAGAGGGGACGGAUGAAGGCCGUGGCGGACGAGACAGCGCAGUCGAAGGGCGGCUACCGGUUCUCGCCGUUCGAGGUACGCUCCACGACCCGAGUCUUUGAGUUCUCGAAACGGAGUGUUAGGGGACGGGUUGGAGCGGAUAAGACUGCGGCGAGUAACCUCGCUGCCGUCUGGACUCUUGAUGGCCGGGUGGAUGAGGGGACGAUGGGCGGAGUGCUGCAGGGGCGGAAGGCAUUUGAUGUCAGGGGCGCGAGUUUGGUUUCUAGGCGGAGGAUGUGGGAGCUUGCGGCGGCGGUGGCGGAGAGGUUAGCUGGGGAGGAGCUUGAUGACGAGGACGAGGUUGGGGGUUUGUUGCGGCGGGCGUUGGAUGUUGAUGCGUAUGGUGAGGUCAAGGGCGGGGAGAUGCUUGCUUAUCGGAGGGAGGUGAAGGAGGCUGUUAGGAGGGUUGCGUUGGCGGGGUGGGUUGUUAAUAUUGGGGAUGAGGAGUUUGCGAAGUUGUAG